AUGGAGAAGUCCAACAACUUCCGCAUCGACGCCCUGCUGGCCGUGGACCCCCCGAAGGCGCAGACCUCCCCCCUGGCACUGGUCACCUCCCUGUCGUCCUCAUCGCUCUCGUCCUCGGGGGGCGCGAGCGCCUCGGACCUCACCUCCGCGGCCGACUCGCUGCGGAGCGAGACCCCGUCUCCCCCCCGCAUCGGCCCCUGCGCGCUCAUCCCCAAGCCGGGCUUCCUGGGCGGCCCCCACUCCGGCGUGGUCGGAUUACCCCCCCCCAGCUCGGCGGGCAUCCCGCCCCAGGCGCUCUACGGCCACCCCAUGUACACGUACUCGGCGGCGGCGGCGGCGUUGGGUCAGCACCCGGCGCUCUCCUACUCGUACCAACACGGCAACCAUCACCACCAGCACCAGCACCACGCCGGCGACCCCAUCAAGGUGAGCGCCGGCUCCUUCCCGCUGGACCACUGGCUGCGCGUCUCCACGGCCGGCAUGAUGCUGCCCAAGAUGUCCGACUUCAGCUCUCAGGGCCAGUCCAACCUGCUGGGGAAGUGCCGGAGGCCGCGCACCGCGUUCACGAGCCAGCAGCUGCUCGAGCUCGAGCACCAGUUCAAACUGAACAAGUACCUGUCGCGACCCAAGAGGUUCGAGGUGGCCACGUCGCUCAUGCUCACGGAAACACAGGUGAAGAUCUGGUUCCAGAACAGGAGGAUGAAGUGGAAGCGCAGUAAGAAGGCCAAGGAACAGGCGGCCCAGGACGCCGACAAGCCCAAGGAGUCCAAAGCGGACCUGCGCGAGAGCACGGACUGUCCGCGUGCCGAGCCGCUCAAGAGCUCGCGGGUGCGCGCCUUGAGGGACAGUGACGAGGACGAGGGCGACGAGGGUUACCUGUACAACUCGUCCGAGUGCUCCUCGGAGGACGAGCGGGGCCCCAGGAGCCCGCGGGAGUAA